CUCACAGCACAUUUUGAGAAUUUCCAGCGUCUGUCAUUUCAUCCUCCCUGUUACUGUUUGCCUGUUUGGGGUUUUCCAAGUCAAAAUAUCACCUUGUGGCCUGUGGCUAGACAAGUCCCUGCACCAUCACCUCAUGCCGGAAGCGACGGAGCACUACGUGCAGGCGCCGGCCAUGACGACGACGCCGCUCGCAUUCGCCGUGCGUCGGAGGGAACCGGUGCUCGUCGGGCCCGCCGCGCCGACGCCGCGCGAGACGAAGCGCCUGUCCGACAUCGACGACCAGGAGACGCUGCGCGGGCACGUGCCGUUCCUCUUCCUCUACCGCGGCGGUGGCGGUGCGCGUGCCGACGACGGCCGCGACCCGGCGUCCGCCGUCCGCCGCGCGCUCGGCGAGGCGCUGGUCCCGUACUACCCGCUCGCCGGGCGGCUCCGGGAGGUGGAGGCGCGGAAGCUCGUCGUCGACUGCACCGGCGAGGGUGUCAUGUUCGUGGAGGCCGACGCCGACGUGCGGCUGGCGGAGCUGGAGGCGGCCUCAUCCGGCGAGCUCAGGCCGCCGUUCCCCUGCAUGGACCAGCUGCUGUUCGACGUCGACGGAUCCGGUGGCGUGCUCAACUGCCCCUUGCUUCUCAUCCAGGUGACUCGGCUGCUCUGCGGCGGCUUCGUCCUCGCGCUCCGGCUCAACCACACGAUCUGCGACGCCAUUGGCCUGGCACAGUUCAUGUCCGCCACGGCGGAGCUCGCGCGCGGCCUCCCCGCGCCGACCGUCGCGCCCGCAUGGUCCCGCGAGCUCCUCGAAGCGCGGAGCCCGCCGAGGCCAUCGUUCCCUCACCGCGAGUUCGACGCCGUGCCGGGAAAUGUUUCGGUGCCCAGGUGGGCAGCAGGUGCCAUGCCGGCGGCGGCCGACAUGAUCACGCGGACCUUCACGUUCGGUCCAGCCGACGUCUCCACGAUCAAAAGCGGCCUGCCGCCGCACCUCCGCAAAACGGCCACGACCUUCGAGACGCUCACGGCGGCGCUGUGGCGCGCGCGCACGGCGGCGCUGGAGGUCCCGGCGGACGAGGAGGUGCGAGCGGUGUCCAUCGUGGGGUUCAGGGGCGUGCCCGAGCUGGUGCUCCCCGCCGGCUACUACGGCAACGCGUGCGUGCCCGUGGCUGCGGUGACCACCGCGGGGCCGCUGCUGGCUGGUUCUCUGGGCGCCGCCGUGGAGCUCGUGCGGGAGACGAAGGCGGCGGUGACCGCCGAGUACGUGCGGUCCACGGUGGACCUGCUGGUGCUGCGCCGCCGGCCGUGCGUGGCGCUGGGCAACCUGUUCCUCGUUUCGGAUAACCGGCACGCGGGGUUCCACCGCGUCGACUUCGGGUGGGGCGAGCCGGUGUACGGCGGCCCCGCGGCGACGCUGUUCGGGCCGAGCUUCUUGGUGCACGUCGGGGACGACGGCGGCGCCGGCGACGGGAAGGGCAUGGGCAAGGUGGGCGUGCUGAUCGUGCUGCCGCGGCCGGCCAUGGAGCGUUUCGCGUCGGAAGUCGAGACGUUGUUGAAGAGUUAGUGCGUGCGCGCUAAUGCAUGUGUACACUAGUGUGUUUUGUUUGCUCGUUGUUUUGGUGUGUACUAGGAAAUACAGUAUAACCCCCUAAGUUUACAUACAACAGGGAAUGCUCUCUAUUAUCCUUCCUCUACA